AUGCGGAGCGGGCACCCGCCCCGCGAAGCCUUGGGAGGCCCGGGGACGGACACGUGGGGUACACAGAUGAGACCAAACUCGGCCCCAGCCCGGGGGCAGCAGAGGCGAGGGGCGCUGGGCAACCCCUCCCCGUGGCUCUCGCCCGGCCACCGCCCGAGCAGCCGGAGCGCAGACCUGUCCGAUGUGCCCAACGGGCCGGGCAGGAGCCCAGGGGAGAGGCAAGAGAGUCCGCCCCCGUGUCCCCCGGGCGCCCGCAGCGGGGUCCCGCCUCUCCCUACCCAAACAGGGAACCCCAUCCCCGCCGAGGCUCCCAGCGCUUCCCGCCGCCGGGCCGUGCUCGGCACCCCGGUCCUGGUACGAGCCACCGCCGAGGUCCGGGGCAGCCGGCAGGCUGGGGCGGGCGCUGUCGCCCGCCGCCCCGGCCCGCACUCACCGUGCCCGCGGCGGGGACCAUCCCCCGGGCCGCCGCUGCCCCGCAUCGCCUCCGCUCCCCGCCGCCCCCCGCCGCCCGCCGCCGCCGCGCCGGGGCGGGGCGCUGGCGGGGGCCGGCGCUGCCCCGCCGGCACCGACUCCCGCCGCUACUCCCGGUGCCGCUCCCGCUGUGUCUUGGGAUACGGGUCCCGGUCCCGCUGCGCCUCGCGGUGCGGUGCCGGCGGCGGCGGGCCGACGCACAGUGAGGGGCAGCGACGGCUCCAUCCUGCUGCCGUCUCCGCUACCGGUGUCAAAUUCCAGCCGCCGUCACCUGACCGGCGGGGCGGGCACCGGCACCGAUACCGGGACCCCGAUUCGAACUGGCACCAGAAUACCAGCCGCCAUCCCGACACGCACAGCAGCAGCACCGGGCCUCCGACCCGCACAGGCGCCGGGACCGCCCGGGAGCAGGACGGCACCGGGAUCCCGCCAGCAGCAGGAGCCGCAGCCCGACCCGCUUCAGCACCGGCUCCCGCCGGCACCCGCACCGCCGCCGAGCUCCCGCGGAAACUCGCACCCCGCCGGGAACGGCACCGGGACCCCCGGCGGCACCCGACCCCCGCUACCUCCACCCGCACACCGGCCGACCCCCGGGCAGGCGGACGGGCAGGUGGACCCGCAGCCCGGCCGGCCGGACGCCCCGUGAGCGGGGCUCCCUGCCCCGACAACCCUGUCACAGCGCAGGCAGGACGGGCACACGAACAGCCCCGGGGAAGCGUUCAGCCCUUCCCGGAGCGCUCCGGGAGCAGAGCCCCACGGCGUCGGAGGGCAGCGCCCUUCACGUGGGGACCCGGCGGGGAUGGGUUGGCGGGCAGGGUCGCGGCCAUCCCGGCCUUGGUGGGACCGUCCGGCGUCCCACGCACCCCGAGCCGCCGCGGGCCACCCGUGUGCCUGGCGCUCGCGUCUGGCCGCGCCGGAGGAGGAGUCCGGCCUCCCCGCCCGCCCGCGCACUGCGCUCCGGUCCUCCCCGGCGGGGCCGCCCGCCGCCGGGCUGCUUACCUCUGCCGUCGCUCUGCCUCCCUCCGCCGGGGCCGCCGCUGGCCCCGGGGACAUGGGGGCCGGCUGGCGAGUCGAGUCGAGCCCGUGCGAGUCCUUACGUCACGGCCCGGGGCCCUCCGCGUCCAUCCCGGGGCUCUCGAGUGCUCCUUUGCGAACGUGCCAAAUCCCGGGGCCGCCUCCGCUCAGCCCCGCUUCACACGUGCUCCCCUGGCCGGAGCCGGUCGCCGGGACGCGCCCCGGGCCGGGCGAGCCCCCCCGGGGCCGGCCCUCAUGGCCACGGGGUCCGAGGGAGCCCGGGCGGACUGCGUGGCCCGGGGGUGCCGCGGGCCGUGUCACCUGCCCCGGCCGCGCUCCGGCGCAGCUCCCCGGCCUUAUGCAACUCCCCGGCUGGAGCGGGGCCAGCGGCUCGGUCGCCGGCUGUGCCGCGGCUGCACGCCGGGCCCCAGGUGGCCCGUGGGGUCUGCCCCGAGCCCAGGCACCCCGCGUGGCUUUAACCUCCUCCCCGCCGCCCGACAGCCCGCGCCCCGCGGUCCCGCGGCGGGGGCGGACGGCCGCGCCUGCAGACACCUGCGGAGCCGCCGCCUCGUCUGCGCUCAUCUCCUCGGAUUAUCCAGCGCGGGGGUGACAACUCCCGCGUCCUCCUGCGGCAUCACCUGCUGGGGAGUGUGCGGGCGCCCACUAAGCCGUCCCCGCCACCGCGAGCAGGGACGGAGGAGCUCUCCCAAGGUGAAGACAGGGCAUGGGCGGUUCCCGGGGCUGGCCCAGCCUGACAGCAGUGGUGGCCCUGCUCCUUAA